AUGAGUGUAGAGCUUGACGAUGAGCCGGACCCCAAAUGUGCUCCAGCCGUAGAGCUGGAGGAGUUUGUGCUGGUUCCUUCUCAUGCAGUGGAACCUGCAGAAGAUUCUUUCAGCCUGGUGUCAGAUGAGGAGUUUUCGAGUGCUUUGCGUGAGCAGAGCAUUGCAGAAGAUCAUGUGCAACUAGCUGAUGAUGCUCAUGAGCACAAUUGGGAAGGACAGUGGGAGCCUGGAGUCAACGUGGGGCGUUGGCUUCGGCGGGGCAUUGCUCCCAUUGAAGAGCAAACACAGGUUUUGGUGACCAAUGUUCUGGUCAGCUUUUCGAAGCUGCCCAAGCAAGCAUUGAACAGUUAUGCUACAAAGCAGCUGCAAGGUGUGGGUGCUGCCACACUACGGAACAUGAUCCAAAGAGUGCGGGAGAACUCCUGGAUUCCAGUGCCUUGCAAGGGCAAGGAAGCCUCCCAGAAGAGGGUCGAGGCCUUCGAAGCAGAGACUCGGAGGGAGAAGAAAGCCAUCUUGAUGACACAGCUGCGGGAAGCUUUGUUCAUUGCCAGCCGGGGGCAUGCUGAUGUGGAGUACUGCUAUGGCUUGCAGAGACUCAAGUUGAGCCAGGUGGACACCGGAGACAAAUACAACUCCGUUCACUUCGUGAGCCUUGUUGAGCAGGCAGCAGCUUGCUUCCUGACACAUCUCGAUGCAGCAGAGCUCACUGGUCAGCUUCCAUCUCUGGGAGUGAUGUCUCCACUGACUUUAAUUUUCGACCCAGUGACCUUGGGCAGUGGCAUGUUUUCCCGACACGAGACACUGCAAGUGGUGAUGGCUUACUUUCUCCAUCCAUCGACGGGGCAGGCAGUGACAAGGCUCAUCGAUGCAAGAUCCAUCGGCAUGUUCCACGAUGGUCCCAGUCAGGCUGGAGAUCUGCUAUGGGAACAGAUUCACCCCGACAUCCCUGCUUGGGUGGAGUGGGACAAGUUCCAUCGAGCUCACUGUGCUUUUGCCAGGGUGGUGGAUCAGACUCCGAUAGUUCAAGAACUGUAUGCCCUGGGGCGAUCCAUGAGUCAGCAGUUUGGUAUUCUGUCCGGCAAGGUCUUGUUCAGAAGCAUAGCAGCAGAGCUAAACGAGCCUGUGAAAGCAGUGGCUGAUUCCUCUGGUGCCAGGAAGGUCUAUGAGCUCUCUUGUGUGGCCCACAAUCUCAUAGACAAUUUUCGCCUGUACAUAGCUGGUCUUCAUGGCAAGGUAAGGAUGAAGCAGGCUGGACAUGGAAAAACAUCCCAGUCAGCUUUGAGCAGCAUCGGCCGUCGAUUAUCAUCAGUGGAGAUGGUGACCUUUCUGUGUGUUUUUGCUGAUACCAUGGCCUGUGACCUGCAGCCCUUCGUCUUAUGCACAGAGAGAAGUGAGGACCCCCCGUGGGUGGCCCAGCGUGCCUUUGAGGACAUGCUGCAGUCCUUGGGGGCUCGGUCUCAGCUGCUGCAUUCACUACGGCGGCUUCUGCUUGUGUCCUGCCUUUUGCACUCCUGUCUGCACUCAGGUAGCUGUAAGAACGGUUUGACAGUGCAAAUUGUCAGAAUCUGA